AUGGAGCAACACAACAACAAUCAGUCCUCAGGGCAAGUUGAGGAUCAUGGCUUUGAACCCAUUUCGCUCCCGGCUACCCCAUCUCCCUCGGCUACCCUAUCUCCCGCGUCGUCUUUCUACGUUUUCACAUCAGGCUGGGCAUCGGAUACACAAGACUCUCCUGUCGGACUGAAGGAUGACGGCCAUGACCUACCGGACUACGGAGACUUCGAGAUAUUCGGCCAUGACCUACCAGACUACGGAGACUUCGAGGUACUCGGCCCCAUAUCUAUUUCUGAAGAGGCUUCAGGUCCAGAAAACGACUCUGCCGCCGUCGCCGCCAGUGCUAUUGAACAUGAGUUCGAAGGCGACCUUGUCUAUGUUCCACAAGUUGAAUCCCACGAGGCUCGGAAGAGAAAGCAAGGGGCCAGAAUUAUCCUCCAAGCCCGGAGACGGAAACUACAGGCCCGGCGUCGCGCCAUUCAAGACGUGACUGUCGUCGCCGGUGGCGCUCAUGUGGAGACCCUCGCCGCCGUCCGCUCUUCCCAUUCCUCCGCGUUGGGCAAAAACUACAGCAGCCCCCCGGCCGCGGCCCAAGCUCGCCGUCGCCGCAAAAACGCCUACCCAUCACCCUGGGCUCUUCCCUCUCCCAAAGAGGAAAAGGAAUACGACGCAGACUGCGAAUCCGACACCGACGACGAUAAAGAGUCCGAUGUUGUCCCGGAUGAUCGUCCUCCCUUCGCCCAAUCCGCCCUUCGCGUCCGCAACAGGCCCCUGGGCCAAAUCAAGAUUCAGAAACAGGUCAACGAGCGAGCGCAAAAGAGAUUUCGUCGCAUCGCCAUGAAGGGCUGCGAGAGACACGAGGGUGCCUUGCAGAGAAGCUUGCGGAGGGAGUUGACUGUCCUCGCAGAAGAGGAACGUGCUUUGCAUGCGGAAAUCGAGGAGACGAAGGAGAAUGACAAGGUCGAGACGGAAAUGAGGAGGCGUAUGGAAUCGACAAGCGACAAGGAGGAAGAUAGUGAUGAGGGUCGGAAAGGAUGUGGAUGCUUUGAAGAGGCUUGA